AUGGUCCAUCCAAGAUUUGUUUUCUUCGCUUUCCUCGCUCUCUCCGUUUUACUUGCAGUGAUGAAUGAAGAUUCAAUUUUGUCUUCCAACAAAGGAGAUUCAUUGUGUUGCAACGAUCACCCCGAAUUUGGAAUAUGUACUAAUAAAAGUUGUAACAAGUGGUGUCUUCAAGGCUGUACGAGAGGUGGCUUCUGUAAAAGAAAAAUUUGUCAUUGCUACUGUUAA